AUGCCGGUGGCCUUGGGCUCCCCCGGCGCCCCCGCAGCCCCGCCCUGGGCCAACCAGAGCUCGGGCCGCGAGUUCUUCCUGCUGGGCUUCGCGCACGUGCCGGCACUGCGGCCGCUGCUGGCUGCGCUCUUCCUGGCCACGUUCCUGCUCACGCUGCUGGGCAACGCGCUCAUCGUGCUGCUGACCGCCCUGGACCCGGCCCUGCGCGCACCCAUGUACUUCUUCCUGCGCCAUUUGGCCCUGGUGGAGAUCUGCUUCUCGCUGGACAUCGUGCCCCGGCUGCUGGUGACCCUGCUGCGGCCCGGGCGGGGAGUGUCACCUGCGGGCUGCGCCCUGCAGCUGCUCCUGGUGCUGUCCUGUGUCACGUCCGAGUGCUUCCUCCUGACCGCCAUGGCCUGGGACCGCUACGUGGCCAUCUGCAGGCCCCUGCGCUAUGGCGCCAUCGUGAGCCCACGACUCUGCCACCUGCUGGCUGCCACGUGCUGGCUGGCUGGAGUCCCUGUGUCACUGGUCUUCACAGUCUGGCUGUUCCACUUCCCCUUCUGUGGACCACGUGGCAUCCGCCACUUCUUCUGUGACAUCGCCCCUCUGCUGAGCCUGGUUUGUGCGGACACCAGGGUCUUGGAGGCCAACGUGUUGGCGGCCACAGUGCUGGUCAUCAUGGUUCCCUUCUGUCUGAUAGCCGUGUCCUACACCAAGAUUCUGGCCACUGUCCUCCAGAUGCCAUCAGCCACUGGGCGCCACAAGGCCCUGUCCACAUGCGCCUCCCACCUCAUUGUGGUGGUUCUGUUUUAUGGCACAACAGGGGUCAUCCACUUGCGACCCAAGGCCAGCUACUCCCCAGAGAGCAAGCAGGUGGUGUCCCUCUCCUACACCCUGGUGACCCCCAUGCUCAAUCCCCUCGUCUACAGCCUUCGGAACAAGGAAGUGAAGGCUGCCCUGGGGCGUCUGUGCUGCAGUUACCAGGGCUCUGGAUGCCAUGAAUGA